GGGCGGCAUCAGCGGUAUACCGCUGAUGCCGCCCUCUGCAUUCGUAACCAAAAUUGUCGCAUGUGUCACAAUUGCCGCAAUACGUUCGCUGAAUGACGCCAUUUGAGUCUCACAAAUAUAAAAGGAAACAAUUUACUCGCAAGAAGCCAAUCAUUCGCAAGGUUCUUUAGCGACAGACAAGCCAAAAAUUUUGCACAACUCGCUGUGUUCUGUGUUGAAAGUUCUGCGGAGAUUAAAUGCAUUUAUUCAAAUCAGCUAGGGAAGCGAGAUAGGAUGCGCUACAUCGCAACAAUAUUGCAUUAAUGUCAGAGUCGGAAUUAGAUAAUUUUGGUAGAUCUCGCUCUUUGAGAAGAUUGCGCCAGUUUUUCCGCAAGAGUUUACCGUUUCAGAAAUUUCCCAGUUUGCAAACACUUCGCACCCAUGAAGAUGAUGACGAAGAAGAGUUACUCGAUUCACAGUCUUUAGACCACCCAGGUAGCUCAAUUCCUAGCAUUGGUGCCGAGCUGAGGCAACUGCAUGAACGCUUAGGAAGACUGAAGCGUCAAGUAAUGGAAAUCAAAGAAAAAAACACGGCGGAUUUAUCGGAAAUGUCGGCGGUCAUAAAGCGGGGCAUGGAGCGCGUGGAGCUGUUCGGGGAGCAGCUGGACGAUUUCGACCAGUACGUGCAGGUAGACAAGGAGAACAUCCAGAACCAGAUGGAGGAAAUGGAGGCCAAGAUUCACCACCAGAUCAACGACCAGUACAGUGACCUGCAGGAGGCCAUCGAGGGACUCUACCUGCGGAUGGAUACCCUGGAAAAGAUCUAUGAAGAGCAGAAACAACAACGAGAUAUUGAAGAAAAGGAAGCCUCAUACGCGCGAAAUCUAGCCGUGAAAAUCAUCAACAUGUUCAUCUGCCUGACACAGGUCAUCCUACUCGUGCUGAACACCAUCGCCGAGACCCUCCGACCGCUGACCAGCAACGGUGCCAACCUGGCCAUCAUCAUCUUCGUCCUCUACCUGAUCGCGACGCUGAGCGACGACGAGGUCGGUCGAUCGAUACGCCGGCUCUUCGGGAAGGUGCUGCCCGGCCUCAGCUUGUGGGAGGUCAACAGGUGAUCGGAGAUCUAUGUGGGGUAGGGGGAGAUGUGUGAUGUAGAGGAACUUUGUGGUUUUGAUGUAAAAGCUGGCUGUGAUAGUGAACCCGGCUGUCUCAUGUGAUAGUUGAAGCGGAAGAGGUGGUGUAGCGGAGCAUGUACACCUGUGAUAUUCAGAAUAAACUCGCCGCGGUGUUGGUCGCAGGUGUCACGGCC